AUGGCAGAAAAAGGACAGACAAGUUCCAUUACCUCGGUUACUGAAGAGGAGAUGUCUGCUGAAUCCGAGUCAGACACCACAGAGUCAUCAUACUCAAACAUCACCUCCUCAGUGCUCAGCAGCACGGACACUGAUGACAAACUCACCCCUGGUCUGAUCAGUAUUUCAAUAUCAAAUGUCACAGAGGAAGCUGACAGCGCGAGUAAGCGUAGAAGAAUACUUCCCGCAGAGGCCAAAGGGGCUCGAGGAAACGAGUCUGAGAGUGUUGUCCCUCACAGACAAGAUUCUACAGAGACAGUUGUAAAAAAUAAUAAUGGGAAAAUUCUUUCUCAAAAUGGUGGUGUUCAGACAGGGAUAGCUACGCCAGUUAUUCAGUUUCCUUAUGGUACAAAUCCCCUUCCGCUGAAAUAUGCCAGAGGUCAAGGAGCAACAAAGGGGAAGGGUGGCCGCUCGCACCAUCCAGGUUUGAAUCAUCAAACGUCAGAGUCUUUUCAUGAGAAUAGGAGUGUGAAUGAUGCAACCAGCAAAUUCAGUACAGAUUUUUCUGAAACAAGCAGUCUGCAAAUGUGUAAUGACAGAAAUAACAAUAAUGAACUUGACGAGGAAGAUGCAGAUGAAUCGGCCGAGGGUCAGAAGCAAACAUUUCUGCCCGAUUUCUCCUCAACCAAAUGGUACCAGGCAUCAUGUUUCAACCGAUACUGGUCUCAUUACAGAUUUGUUAUGGAAUGGUAUCACGUGCAUGUUCGGGCGGUGAAGGCGCUGCAGGCACAAAUGUUUGGUGGCUGGGGUUACCCCCAACAGUGGCAUCCACAGCAGGUAAAUGAAAGAAACGCCAAGAGAAAUCGGAGGUCUAGGAGAGCCAGACGGAGAAGGCGAAGGCGGUCGGAAUCUUCCUCAUUUGCAGCCAGGGCUCAGGACCCUUCCUUAACCUGCAAGACGGCUAACCACGAAUCAGAUGACGAGGAUAUAGAAAUGAAUUUCACAAAUGAAAUGCUGGAGUUUUUCGCCACAUCCUACAAAUACAAACUGGAGAGAGACAAAGCGGAAGAAGACGAAACCAUUUCUUCAGCUCCUACAGAACGGCCUGGAGUUAGAAGGACUGAGGAGAUGAAAGAGCUGUAUGGGAUAGGUGCCCCAAUGAUACAGGGAAUGGAGACAGCCAUGCAGAUGACUUAUGACAGAUUUCUCGACAGGUUUCAGCCAAGUCCUUGGCCUAACAUGCCACUUAAGAUCACUUUUGCAUAG